AGUCAGCGGUGCAGUUGGGGUGCAGAGGCAGGCUUCCUGCCUGUCCUGGCACCGCGGACUGCGCUAUGCUCCGGAAGCAGCUAGCAACAGGUCCAGCUCCUUGGCGGAGGCGCACAAGCGGUUUCUUGCAACUCUUGCCUGCAGUGACCAUGAGGAGCUUGUGGAUCUUCCUUGCUGUUUUGUUCAUCCACUGGGGCUUUUCUUUGGCCAAGUUUGAUGAAUUUGAGGACGGAGAUGACAUUGUGGAGUACGAUGAUAAUGACUUUGCAGAGUUUGAAGAUAUUACUGAAGAUGUAACCACAGAAUCUCCCCAGAGGAUCAUAACCACAGAAGAUGAUGAGGAGGAGGCCACUGUAGAGCUUGAAGGUCACGAUGAAAAUCAGGAGGACUUUGAUGAUGCAGAUGCACAGGAAGGAGAUACUGAGAGUGAGCCAUAUGAUGAUGAGGAAUUUGAAGGCUACGAAGAAAAAACAGAUGCAUCUCCCAGCAAAAGCAAAGACCCCAUAACAAUUGUUGAUGUCCCUGCACAUCUUCAAAACAGUUGGGAGAGUUACUACAUGGAGAUCUUAAUGGUAACUGGUCUUCUUGCAUACAUCAUGAACUACAUCAUUGGGAAGAAUAAAAACAACCGGCUAGCUCAGGCCUGGUUCAACACUCACAGGGAGUUGCUGGAAAGUAACUUUGCCCUUGUUGGGGAUGAUGGCACAAAUAAAGAAGCCAUAAGCACAGGGAAGCUCAACCAAGAAAACGAACACAUAUACAACUUAUGGUGCUCUGGCAGGGUGUGCUGUGAGGGAAUGCUUAUCCAGCUAAAGUUUCUCAAGAGGCAAGACCUUCUGAAUGUACUUGCUCGUAUGAUGAGGCCAGCCUGUGACCAAGUGCAAAUAAAAGUAACAAUGAAUGAUGAAGAUAUGGAUACCUAUGUGUUUGCUGUUGGAACAAGAAAAGCCUUAGUGCGACUUCAGAAGGAAAUGCAGGACCUGAGUGAGUUCUGCAGUGACAAACCCAAGUCUGGGGCAAAGUAUGGGCUUCCAGAGUCGCUGGCUAUCCUGUCAGAGAUGGGAGAGAUCACAGAGGGAAUGAUGGACACAAAGAUGGUACAUUUCCUCACACACUAUGCUGACAAGAUUGAGUCCGUCCAUUUUUCAGACCAGUUCUCCGGUCCAAAACUUAUGCAAGAGGAGGGUCAGCCUUUAAAACUGCCCGACACUAAAAGGACACUAUUGUUUACAUUUAAUGUUCCUGGUUCAGGCAACACUUCCCCAAAGGAUAUGGAGGCUUUGCUGCCUUUGAUGAACAUGGUUAUUUAUUCUAUUGACAAAGCAAAAAAGUUCCGUCUAAAUAGAGAAGGUAAACAAAAAGCUGAUAAGAACAGGGCCAGAGUAGAAGAGAACUUCCUUAAAUUGACUCAUGUGCAAAGGCAGGAGGCUGCCCAGUCCCGCCGGGAAGAGAAGAAACGGGCAGAGAAGGAGCGAAUUAUGAAUGAGGAAGAUCCGGAGAAACAGCGCCGGCUGGAGGAAGCCGCUUUGCGACGUGAGCAGAAAAAACUUGAAAAGAAGCAGAUGAAGAUGAAGCAAAUAAAAGUGAAAGCCAUGUGAAACCACUGUGGGAAAGUCGAUCUCAGUGCCUGUGUAGACUUUUAAUUCACAGGGUACAAAGAACUAGUUAAUUUCAUAACCUUACACGUCUUCAAACACUAUUGGCCAUUAAAAGAAAUGCUCUUUGCAUCCACCUUACUUAGCAAUUAAUUUGGGUAUUACAGCAACAUACAGAUAUGUAUAGAGGGUGUUUUGUCUCUGCAGCUUUCUUCCAGAUGGUUGGAUUAUUUUGCUACUUCUGAUGCUUUAAAAAACUUGCAACAUCCCUUGAACUCCUUUUGUGAUUUUUAAAACAAAGAAAAGAUUAUAAAACUUUUAAUCUUUA